GGACAAAAAGGGGAGACUCGGAGACAUGUAGGAGACCUGGUUCUGAAUGUGCUCCUGCUUUACGUCCAACUCCGGGUCCGGGUCCUGGUUCUGGUUCUGGUUCUGGGGCUCAUUGUUUUGUAUUACAACUCCAGGAAAACGGCAGCUUUCUGCAAAAAAUAUAAUACAUAUUCCUUGUUUUGGAAGACAGAAAUAUUUCCAUAAUUUUUUUUCUUCUCAAACGGGAAUCAUCUGUUGAGCUCCGGAUCUCAGUUUUGCAUUUUCAGUCCCGUGUUUCCUCCUGGUAAAUUUCCCAUUUUUCCGUCUUCGUGUCCUGUUGUUUUGCAGGGCAGAGGGACUCCUCCUGAGCCGGUUCACAGGCGCCUGGGCAGCUAGUUAGAGCUCCAGGGAGGUGGAAAGUUAUUCGUUAAAUGAGCAGCGGCCGGAAUAACCGAGUCAUGAUGGAAGGAGUGGGCGCUCGAGUGUUCCGCGGCCCCGACUGGAAGUGGGGCAAGCAGGACGGCGGAGAGGGCCAUGUGGGCACCGUGAGGAGCUUCGAGAGCCCCGAAGAGGUCGUGGUGGUGUGGGAUAACGGCACCGCGGCCAACUAUCGCUGCUCCGGGGCCUACGACGUCCGGAUACUGGACAGCGCGCCGACAGGUAUCAAGCACGACGGCACCAUGUGCGACACCUGCAGGCAGCAGCCCAUCAUCGGGAUCCGCUGGAAAUGCGCCGAGUGCACCAACUACGACCUCUGCACCACCUGUUACCACGGAGACAAACAUCACCUGAGACACCGGUUUUACCGCAUCACCACACCCGGCAGCGAACGAGUCCUUUUAGAAUCUCGUCGAAAAUCGAAGAAGAUCACGGCACGAGGGAUCUUCACCGGAGGCCGUGUGGUGCGGGGAGUGGACUGGCAGUGGGAGGAUCAGGACGGAGGAAACGGCAGGAGAGGAAAGGUGACGGAGAUCCAGGACUGGAGCGCAGCAAGUCCUCAUAGCGCCGCCUACGUCCUGUGGGACAACGGGGCCAAGAACCUUUACCGAGUCGGCUUUGAGGGCAUGUCGGACCUGAAAUGUGUGCAAGAUGCCAAAGGAGGAACUUUCUACAGAGACCACUGUCCAGUCUUGGGUGAGCAGAACGGGAACAGGAACCCGGGCGGCCUGCAGAUCGGAGACCUGGUCAACAUCGAUCUGGACCUGGAGAUCGUCCAGUCUCUUCAGCACGGCCACGGGGGAUGGACGGACGGCAUGUUCGAGACCCUCACCACCACCGGGACGGUGUGCGGCAUCGACGAGGACCACGACAUCGUCGUCCAGUAUCCCAGCGGGAACAGGUGGACGUUUAACCCGGCUGUCCUGACCAAAGCGAACGUGGCUCGCAGCGGUGAGGUCCCGGCCGGGGCUGAAGGAGGAACCUCUCAGUUCAUGGUGGGGGAUCUGGUGCAGAUCUGCUACGACAUCGACCGCAUCAAACUGCUGCAGAGGGGCCACGGGGAGUGGGCCGAGGCCAUGCUGCCGACUCUUGGGAAGAUGGGCCGAGUGCAGCAGAUCUACUCUGACAGCGAUCUGAAAGUGGAGGUGUGCGGUACGUCCUGGACCUACAACCCAGCCGCCGUCACUAAAGUGGCUCCUGCAGGUUCUGCCAUUACCAACGCAUCCGGAGAGCGUCUGUCUCAGCUGCUCAAGAAGCUGUUUGAGACGCAGGAGUCCGGAGACAUCAACGAGGAGCUGGUGAAGGCUGCGGCUAAUGGAGACCUGGCCAAAGUGGAGGACAUCCUCAAGAGACCGGACGUAGACGUGAACGGACAGUGCGCAGGACACACGGCCAUGCAGGCGGCCAGUCAGAACGGCCACGUGGACGUCCUCAAGCUGCUCCUCAAACACAACGUCGACCUGGAGGCUGAGGAUAAAGACGGAGACCGGGCGGUGCAUCAUGCCUCGUUCGGAGACGAGGGCUCGGUCAUCGAGGUGUUACACCGAGGCGGGGCCGACCUCAACGCCAGGAACAAGCGCAGACAGACCCCGUUGCACAUCGCUGUCAACAAGGGCCACCUUCAGGUCGUGAAGACGCUGCUGGACUUCGGCUGCCACCCCAGUCUUCAGGACUCGGAAGGAGACACACCUCUCCACGACGCCAUCAGCAAGAAGAGGGACGACAUGCUGUCUGUUCUCCUGGAGGCCGGCGCUGACGUCACCAUCACCAACAACAACGGCUUCAACGCUCUCCAUCACGCAGCGCUGCGCGGGAACCCCAGUGCCAUGCGUGUGCUGUUAUCUAAGCUGCCCCGGCCCUGGAUAGUGGAUGAGAAGAAGGACGAUGGCUACACUGCCCUUCACCUAGCGGCGCUUAACAACCACGUAGAGGUGGCAGAACUUCUAGUCCAUCAGGGAAGCGCCAGUCUGGACGUACAGAACGUAAACCAGCAGACGGCGUUGCACCUGGCCGUGGAGCGCCAACACACGCAGAUCGUCCGGCUGUUGGUGAGAGCCGAGGCCAAGCUGGACGUUCAGGACAAGGACGGGGACACGCCGCUGCACGAGGCCCUACGCCAUCACACCCUGUCCCAGCUCCGGCAGCUCCAGGACAUGCAGGACGUCAGCAAGGUGGAGCCCUGGGAGCCUUCCAAGAACACGCUGAUUAUGGGACUGGGGACUCAAGGAGCAGAGAAGAAGAGCGCCGCCUCCAUCGCCUGCUUCCUGGCAGCCAACGGUGCCGACCUCACCAUCCGCAACAAGAAGGGCCAGUCUCCGCUCGACCUGUGCCCCGACCCGAGCCUGUGCAAAGCCCUGGCCAAGUGCCACAAGGAGAAAACCAGCGGACAGGUGGGCUCCCGCAGCCCGUCUCUGAACAGCAACAACGAGACCCUGGAGGAGUGCAUGGUGUGCUCGGAUAUGAAGCGCGACACCCUGUUCGGGCCGUGCGGCCACAUCGCCACCUGCUCGCUGUGUUCUCCUCGCGUCAAGAAGUGUCUGAUCUGUAAAGAGCAGGUCCAGUCCAGGACCAAGAUAGAAGAGUGUGUUGUUUGCUCAGACAAGAAAGCAGCCGUGCUCUUCCAGCCCUGCGGUCACAUGUGCGCUUGUGAGAACUGUGCCAGCCUGAUGAAGAAGUGUGUACAGUGUCGGGCAGUGGUGGAGCGGCGCACUCCGUUCGUCCUGUGCUGCGGAGGGAAAGGUAUGGAGGAUGCCACUGAUGAUGAGGACAUUACAGGGGGCUCUAACUCAGUGGCAGGGGGGUCGCAGGAUCUUCUUCAGCCCAACAAUCUGGCACUAAGUUGGUCCAGCGGAAACAUCCCGGCCUUGCAGAGGGACAAGGACAACACUAACGUCAACGCAGACGUGCAGAAGCUCCAGCAGCAGCUCCAAGACAUCAAAGAGCAGACAAUGUGCCCAGUGUGUCUGGAUCGUCUAAAGAACAUGAUCUUCAUGUGCGGCCACGGCACGUGCCAGCUGUGCGGCGACCGCAUGAGCGAGUGCCCCAUCUGCCGGAAGGCCAUCGAGAGACGGAUCCUCCUGUACUAGAGUUCCAAGCCUUCGACUCGUCCACGCUUUUCACGGCAGCAGCGGCUCCAUCAGUGUUAAUCUUUAUCUUUUUGUUUAUCGUCUUAAAGCAACCUUCUGGACUGCAUCAUGGUUUAUUGUCUUUGGUCCACUACAAACAUACACUGAGUGCAUGGUGGAUGAGGUCACAGUUAUGUCUUUUGCUCUGCUUUCUUCCAUUUUAUUUUUUUUUUCUUUCAUUUUUUUUUUUUUUUUUUUUUUUUUUUUUAAACUGUUCCAAAAAUGUAAAGUUGCUUCUUAGAGUGUAUGUGCUUCUAAUAGUGGGUUAAAACGCUACCAGAUUUCUGAGCUCAGAACACUACAAGUCUUUACCUAUGCAGCACGUUUGGCCUCGGACUGCUGAGCCGAAGCUUACGCGUUCCGCUUCGUGUGCUUCUACUACUUUUUUUAGUAUCUAAAAAAGCUUGGAAAAGGAUGUGCCGAUUCGGACAACACCACAAAAUACCAAAAUAACCAAAAUACCUGUUCUGACCGGGUGGGCGGGGCUACUCACUUCCUCAUUAAUUAUAUAUGGACAGUGCGAGUUAAUCGUCUGACAAGGUUUCCUCUGUGUCUCUUCACGCGUCUCGGAGAAACCCGGGUUGUUCUUAUUAACUACCAGAGAUCGUGAGAACAGGACAGCACCAACGUCUCACGAAGAGCAGCAGAACAAGAACUACAGUUAAUGUGGAGUGGGUUGGUUCAUGAUUUUUUUAAUGAUAUAACCAAAAAACAAGACGACGUCCUAAAGUCACGUCCAUCAGCAGACGGUUUACAGCCAAAAAAACAGCCGGUUUUAUAAGAAUAAAUAAAUGAAAUGAAAAUGAUGCAAAAAUCAAGACCUCCAAUAUAAACGUGAGAACUGAAGUCCUCAAAAAUCAAAUCUGGGCGUCAAAAACGAAUUUUAAACUAAACUAGUUUAAACUAAAACUAAUUUGGCGUCAAAUGUCGGCCAUGACUUAGUAUGAGAAAGUUUGGUUUUAUCUUUUUUUUUUUUUUUUUAUAACUUUUAUCCCUCUGAAAAGUGAUGCUCCCGAUCUGAGCCACGCUACACUACCACUCAAAUGUUUUGGAGACACUUCUCUCUCUCUCUGUACUUGAGGACAUUUUUAUAAAACACUAUGCGUCUCAUGAUAAGGCUACCAAACUGCCUGCACAACCAGUAUAAAAAGUACAAAAAAAAUGACAUCAAAUCAACUGCAUUUGUUCAGAAACUAUUUCAUUUGUAAUUAUAUAUAAAAAUAAAUAAAUAAAUCACCAUGUGAGUGGUAUCUCGUUAAA